CCCAAACUCCCUCUUGUAACUUAAGAGUCAGACUCUUAUUUUGGAGACUCGACCUGAAGCAGCGACCCGGAAGAAGGAAAUAAUGAUCAGUGUCUACAAGUAGACUGCAUUCAGUCUGAGGUCGAGUAGAAGGUAACCAUGGCAAUGACGGGUCAGACGUCCUGUUCCUCCAUGAGCAACCACACCAAGGAGCGGGUCACGUUGGCCAAAGUGACCCUGGAGAACUUCUACAGCAACCUGAUCUCCCAGCACGAGGAGAGGGAGAUGAGGCAGCAGAAGUUGGAGAAGGUGAUGGAUCAAGAGGGACUAGCUGAUGAAGAGAAGCGUAUUCGGCGCUCUCAGCAUGCAAGGAAGGAGACAGAGUUUCUGCGGCUCAAACGAACCCGCCUCGGAUUGGAUGACUUCGAGUCACUCAAAGUGAUCGGCCGUGGUGCUUUCGGAGAGGUACGUCUGGUUCAGAAGAAAGACACAGGCCAUGUGUAUGCCAUGAAGAUCUUGCGCAAAGCUGAUAUGCUUGAGAAGGAGCAGGUUGGUCAUAUACGGGCUGAAAGGGACAUUCUGGUGGAGGCGGACAGUCUGUGGGUUGUGAAGAUGUUCUACAGCUUUCAGGACAAGAUGAACCUCUACCUCAUAAUGGAGUUCCUACCUGGAGGAGACAUGAUGACUCUGUUGAUGAAGAAGGACACUCUGACUGAGGAGGCUACGCAGUUUUACAUCGCUGAGACGGUGCUAGCCAUCGACUCCAUCCACCAGCUGGGUUUCAUCCACAGAGAUAUUAAACCUGACAACCUGCUACUGGAUUCAAAGGGCCAUGUGAAGCUGUCUGAUUUUGGCUUGUGUACGGGCCUUAAGAAGGCUCACAGGACAGAAUUCUACAGAAACCUCAACCACAGCCUGCCUAGUGAUUUUACAUUCCAAAACAUGAACUCGAAAAGAAAAGCAGAGACAUGGAAGAGAAACCGGAGACAGCUGGCCUUCUCCACUGUCGGAACCCCUGACUACAUCGCUCCUGAAGUAUUUCUGCAGAACGGAUACAAUAAGCUCUGUGAUUGGUGGAGCCUGGGGGUCAUCAUGUACGAGAUGCUUAUAGGUUACCCACCUUUCUGCUCAGAGACUCCUCAGGAGACGUACAGGAAGGUGAUGAAUUGGCGGGAAACGCUGACUUUCCCCCCAGAGGUUCCCAUUUCCGAGAAGGCAAAGGAUCUUAUUCUCAGGUUCUGCUGUGAGAGUGAAAACAGGAUUGGUGCUGCUGGAGUUGAAGAGAUCAAAUCGAAUCCUUUCUUUGAAGGGGUGGACUACGACCAUAUCAGGGAGAGACCCGCUGCCAUUCCAAUCGAGAUUAAAAGCAUCGACGACACCUCAAACUUCGACGAGUUUCCAGAUUCAGACAUCCUCCAACCAACAUCGUCUGUAGUGUCCAACCACUGUGAAGCUGAUUUAAAGAGCAAAGACUGGGUCUUCAUUAACUACACAUACAAGCGCUUUGAGGGCCUGACCGCCCGGGGGGCCAUUCCCUCCUAUAUGAAAUCAGGGAAGAGAUAAACACAGAACCCUGCUGGAGCUUGUGUUUGUCCUUUAAGGAGCCUUUUUUCCAUUGCUUCUCAUCACUGCGGAUUGGUGGACUUCUCCAGACUUGUCUGUUUCCUGUUUUGGGCCACGCUGUGAUGCAUUCAUGGUAGUGGACUCCUCCUCUUCCAGCACUUGUCCUACAAUGUUUUUUUUUUUUUUUUUUACCCAAGCUUCUUUAGUAGAAGCUGCUAAAGCUAUUUCUAGUCAUCUGUUUUGGCUAGGAAUGAAAAAUUUGGGGCUAACACCUUUCAAAUUCUGUUUUAUCCCCAUAAUAGAGAAAUGUUCCUUUUGACUUAAUUAAUAAUUUAUUUAGAAGACUAGAAUGUGGCCAGUCCACUUUCUACCAGGGAUUGCUUUUAGUUAGCGUAAUUUACCAUCGAAGAAUUCUGCUCAGUUAUCUGCUGUAGAAAUUUGAAGUAUACACAUUUUCAGUAAACAAAAAUAAGAAAUGGACUCUUUGCAACAUUUUUAAAGUCCAAGAAUUUGGACGCAUUUGAUUUUUUAUCUUUUUUUUUUUUAAUUAUUAUUUUUUAAAUAUAAUCUUUCACAGUGCUUGCCAUCACAUACUUCACCUUACAGGAGAUGGCAAAAUGCAAGAGGCUUCUCUUUUUGUUUAUGCAAACAAUUUUCAGUGUUUGAAAGCCUAAUAUAAUGUUUGUGAAUCUGCCUACAGGGACAAACAUUGCCUUAAAUUUGGAUACUAGACGAAUGUUCCAGUAAUCACUCGUUACACCAGCAAAAUGUCCCUCUUCUAGACCUGCACACUGAAACAAAGUUUUUUCCUCUGUUUAUUUUCUUUACAGUAUACCAGCCAGUGAUAAUGACCAAGUGACAUUUUGUAGACCAGCUUAUUUAUCGUGAUUCUUUCAACUGCAGCUGUAGCUUUACCUUGUAAUUUUACAUUUGCUGGAUGUUCAUGCUCGCACUAAAUUUGAAGCUGUUUUCCUUAAAAGGGCUCGCUUGUUCAUGUUUACCUUGUUCAGUUUGGGAACAGAGCAUGAGUCGGAUGAGCGUUGCGGUUCAGUGUGCUGAAUUUGUUUAUUUGGUUAUAUACUCGGCAGUCUUCCAUGUUGAUACUGGGCUGAAAAAGCAUGUUAAUAGAAAAGCAAUAUUUUACCAAAGACUUGUUACUUUUAGCAGCUGAUGCACCCUUGUUAUGCCUUCAAGAAGCUUGAUUUGUACUCGAAAUUGAGUUUUCUACCUUGUAGGUUAGCGCAUCUUGUAGAGUAGUGGCGAAAAAAAAUAGACUAGUAAAAUUAUUUAUCCUGGGACAGUAGCUGUCUAUUGUCAUCAUUCCAGUAUGGCUAGUAGUAGUUGCACUAUUGUAUAGAUAACUCACGCAUCGUGAAAUAAGGAACGUUUGAGGGAGUCCGCAAACAUUGUAUAUGACUCGGAUAGGUCUUGCUCGGUCGGAUUUCAAUAGGUUCCUUCAUCAGCAUCAUGUUAGAACGGAAUCCUGUUCUCGAGAAGCUGAGCUUUUUGCGUCUUUACACUGUCCUGCUGUUGCAGGUAAUGCUAAUCAAAUCUAGAUUUAGCUUCGACUCAGCUGGACUCGAAGAACAGAUCCUAUUAGAGGUAAUUGUACUUUCGGUCAGAACGCCUAGCACUAUUCUGCUCGAUUGUGACUAUUGAUUUGUUCCAUCUGACUGGAGCAGGACGCAGUAAGUUUUCUUGUUUUGCAAUACAAAAUGCUGUCGGUUAAGUCAAUAACUAUCCGCAUGGCCACACGAAUCCAAAAAUGCUGUUGACGAAAAGAAAAAGCACGAUUGUGAGAUUUUCCAAAAUGCUGUAGUUUUUAUAUUUCAGGAGCUGUACAAGGGAGCACUGCGUUUUGUAAAUUAGAGCAUUAUUUCACUGAUCCCGUAAUGGGUCCGUUCUGCUCGCAUACUUUUGCAUGAGUGCUGCUGGAAUGUUGGAUGAUGAUCUGAAUGGCACGGAGUAAGUGUUUCAUUACUUUUAAACUCUAUUCUUCUUCUAUUGUUGUGUGUUUGGCCCUCUGUUCCAGCACUGCGCAGUUUAUUACUUAUGAAUGAAGCAUUCCUUCUCAUAAACAGUUUGUCAGUGAGAACAUGCUUGAUCAAAUUAUACACAUAACACCCAUUUGACUGCUAGAACUGUUUUUUAAAAAAAAAAAAAACGUGCUGAAGUCACUCAAUCUCUGCUGUGUGUAGUUUUAGGAAGAUGGGGCCUCAUUUAUCAAGCUGGAUACGAACAUGUUUAUUUGUGAAUCUUUUACACAGUCCGGUUAGUUCGGGAAAACGUUAAUAUCCUACACUAGCUCCUAGUUUUGUGUAAAUUUACAUAUAAAGAGACUCACUAACGCAAACCUUAACUGAUGGACUUCAAAUCACAUGAUCAACAAUAACUUUAAAUCACUUAUGUAUUUCAGUUACACAAAUUUAUGAAAAUUUAGUGAAACUCAGUCAUUUUAUAUUAAAGAAAGAAGCAAUCCAAACUGAAUCCAUAAAUAAAUACAAAUAAGACUAGCUAUACAGGUAUGACCAAAGUAAUGGCACCCUAUAAAAGGAGCAAGGGUUAGUCUGUGCCUAUGGUAGCUGAUGUGCUACGGUGGCUGAGCUGCAUUACUGGAAGAAUUUACUGUAUGCAGUGUGUAGGAGGUGCUCUUUCAUCGGUUAGUCAUUUUUUUUUUUUUUUGAGUUUUGUGGCCAUCACUAAAUGUGAAUCAGCCGUGCCAUGAGAGCACUUGGCAUUUAUCUACAUACGCAGUUGAUUACAAAGGUAACAAGCAUUUCUGAAACUUUUAUCGGGAAUUUUUGAUUCAUUUGGUUUAUGAAAACAUUUACACACAAUUUUUGUAAAAGACUGAUAAAUGAGGCCCAGGGUUUAGAGCUCGAAUUGCACUGUUCUAGGAAGAAAUCUUGAUUACUGAAGUCUUGAAUUUUGGGAACGUUCUGUUGCACAGAAGUGUAGUCAUGGGUGAAGAGAUGUACAUUUGAUUUACUUUCAUGGUAUGUAUAGUACACGCAGAAGGCUGAAUGUUCUAGAAACACACUGGUCAAUUAUAUUACCUUUUCACACAAUCAUUACAGUAGCAUAGUCUUUCUGACUAAUUUCAGAAUAUUUAUAUACUAUAUACUCGAACCUUCUGGAAUGAAGUCAGUGUGUGUGUGUGUAUGUUUAAAGGGUUUGUAUCAUAAAGGAUUUACGGCUUAUUUAUUCAAACCAGGAAUGUGUUUGAGAGUAUCCCUGGAUUUGAGAAGAGUAGUGAACAAGAAUGAGCUUGCUGUUCUUUUAAAGUAUAAAAUCUUAUAUAAAAACUGCUCCUGGGUUCUAUAAUGUUGCGUUCUACUGUGAGACGAUGAAGUUGGGCCUCUCUCUGCCUUAAUAUUAAGUUUGUAGACUGUAGCUUCACUUCAUAGAGCACCUUUUACUGGUUUGUUAUUGAGAGAGUUUGUGGUGAGCACCCAAUUUUAAUGUUAUAAUUCAAUAAAGCACCGGUUUAUUUA